CCUCAAAAUAAACGUCAAAAAGAAAAUAUAAAAAUAUCUUAAUUAAACGUAAAUGAAUCGUUAUAAAUUAAUCAAUUUUUUAAAUCCAAUCAAAUCUAAUUUGUUACUUAGAUUAAAUUAUUCGACGAAGAAUUGUUGGAAAUGUGGUGUAUUUCAAGAAAACACCCAAAACCUUUUUUGCCCCGCUUGCAAAACGAUUCAAAACCCCCCAAAAGAAGCUAAUAACGAUUAUUUUAACCUUUUUAACCUUAAUUUUAAGUACGACAUUGACCAAAAAUCAUUAACUCAACAUUACCGUAAGAUGCAAGCAGUUUUACAUCCGGAUAAAUUCACUAAUAGGAGUGAGGAUGAAAAGAAAAUCUCUGAAGAGUACUCAUCUUUGAUUAAUAAAGGUUAUAAUACAUUACAAGGACCAUUAAGUCGAGCUUUACACAUGUUAUGGUUGAAGAAUGAGGUUAUCGAGGAGAGUAAUAAAAGUGAUGAUCCAGAGUUUUUGAUGGAAGUUAUGGAAUUAAAUGAGGAAUUGGAAGAAGCUGAUGGAGAGGAGAAGUUGAGGAAAAUCGAGGCUAAAAAUAAGGAGAUGUUAAACAAUGUUUCAAUUAUGAUUUCGAAAUGUUUUGAGGAAAACGAUGUGGAACAAGCUAAGAAAGCAAUUAUUAAAAUGAAAUAUUAUGAUAGUUUAUCAAAAAGGAUACAUGAUUUAUUGAGAGAAAAAGGAAUUUUAGAUUAAAAUUAUUUAUUAAAUUAAUAAAUUUUAUAAAGUACUUGUUGUAUAAUAAAUAAUCUUAUAAAUAAACCUAUUUCUUAUUAGCAAUUUUUAAGAUAAAAUCAACUAAACAAAGCACCGCAACAACCAAACAAAAAAUACCCAUUAUAACCCAAAAAGUCGACGCAUCCGUCUUAUACCCCUUAUAAUUAGAAUGCAAAAUAAAUAUAAA